GUUGCUCCAUAAAAGCAGCCCCGGGGCGGGGGGAGCCAGGAGCGCGAAGAGCGGACGUGCUCGCCAGGGAACCCGGGCUGCACACGCGGUCCUGGUGUGCAGCCAGAGCACGAGCCGCCACCGGGAGCCCCCGGGACAGCAGGAGCCCGCCCCGCAGGAGCCCGCGAAGAUGCCCCAGCACAGCCUGCAUGCUGCGGCCGUGCUCCUGCUGGUGAUCUUAAAGGAACAGCCUUCCAGCCCAGCCCCCGUGAACGGUUCCAAGUGGACCUAUUUUGGUCCUGAUGGGGAGAACAGCUGGUCCAAGAAGUACCCAUCGUGUGGGGGCCUGUUGCAGUCCCCCAUAGACCUGCACAGCGACAUCCUUCAGUAUGAUGCCAGCCUCACACCCCUCACGUUCCAAGGCUACAAUCUGUCUGCCAACGAGCAAUUUCUCCUGACCAACAAUGGCCAUUCAGUGAAGCUGACCCUGCCCUCAGACAUGCACAUCCAGGGGCUCCAGUCUCGCUACAGUGCCAUACAGCUGCACCUGCACUGGGGGAACCCAAAAGACCCGCACGGUUCCGAGCACACCAUCAGCGGAGAGCACUUUGCCGCCGAGCUGCACAUUGUCCAUUAUAACUCAGACCUGUAUCCCGAUGCCAGCAGUGCCAGCAACAAGUCAGAAGGCCUUGCUGUCCUAGCCGUUCUCAUUGAGAUGGGGUCCUUCAAUCCAUCCUAUGACAAGAUCUUCAGUCACCUUCAACGUGUAAAGUACAAAGGCCAGGAAGCAUUCAUCCCGGGAUUCAACAUUGAAGAGCUGCUUCCGGAGAGGACUGCUGAGUAUUACCGCUACCAGGGGUCCCUGACCACACCCCCUUGCAACCCUACUGUGCUCUGGACAGUUUUCCGAAACCCUGUGCAAAUUUCCCAGGAGCAGCUGCUGGCUUUGGAGACAGCCCUGUACUGCACAGACAUGGAUGACCCUUCCCCCAGAGAAAUGGUCAACAAUUUUCGGCAGGUCCAGAAGUUCGACGAGAGGCUGGUGUACACCUCCUUCCCCAAAGGGACAGUGUUUGAGGGAAGUUACAGAGGAUCAGAAGAAUCCGUGCAGGAGCUUGACCCCGACAUCCAAAAGUAACCCCAUUUGUGACGAUGGACUGUGGCAUUGGGAAUAAUUAGCCAUCUUCUUAGACCGGCUCAGGUCUAAGCAGCUGCUUGUAGUGUGGGCAGUGCCUGUAGGUCUGUAGCCAAGUGCUUCAGUUGAUCCUCCCAGUCUGGCUGGGGGAGUUUGAGAGGCCUCUAAGCAGAAGCCUGCAGACCAACCCCUGGCUUAGGUCAUCACGAUCAAAGCCCAAAUGCAGAGGUGCCACUGGUCUUCCUGCACGGCUUGCCCAGAGCUGGUGCUUCCACAAGCCCAGGCCGGAACCAGUGUGUGGUGGUCCAAGGCAAACCUGUUCAUUUGGAGGCGGAUUAUAGAAGCUUGGCCAGAAUUCCCCCCUCCCUCUCGCUUCCCAAAGGCACAGGCAGCAAGAGGGGCUGCUUCCCAAGGAUCAGUGAGGACGCAGCCCCAAAGGGGUGGAGGCCCAAACCUCAUCUGCCCAGGGGGCCUGCAUUCACGAGACCCCUCUCGCCCAGCUUGGAGCAGGCCUCAGACUGUAACGUGCUGUUUCAGGUUUAUGGUGUGAGACUCUGUCAGUAUGAACCUUGAGCAAUUUGAAGUCAAUUUGUAGCCUCUUCCACUGAGGCACGUUUGUAAUUAGGGUCUGGCUUAUUCAGGGCUUUCUUUGAAAGUUCACAAGAACUAUAGAGUCAGAAAAUUCUGCCAGGAGAAAAGUAAUGCUUAAAAAAUCAUCUAGGGGCCAGGCGCAGUGGCUCACGCCUGUAAGCCCAGCACUUUGGGAGGCCGAGGUGGGCGGAUCAUGAGGUCAACAGAUCCAGACCAUCCUGCCCAACAUGGUGAAACCCCGUCUCUACUAAAAAUACAAAAAUUAGCCGGGCAUGGUGGUGGACACCUGUAGUCCCAGCUACUCAGGAGGCUGAGGCAGGAGAAUCACUUGAGCCUCGGAGACAGAGGUUGCAGUGAGCCAAGAUCACACCACUGCACUCCAGCCUAGUGACAGAGCCAGACUCUGUCUCAAAAAAAAAGGUCUAAGAUGGUUGGGUGUGUUGGCUCAUUCUUAUAAUCCCAGCACUUUGGGAGGCCAAGGCAGGAGGAUCAAAUUAGCUCAAGAGUUCAAGGCUGCAGUGAGCCCUGAUCACACCACUGCACUCCAGCUUAGGUGACAGAGUGAGGCCCUGUCUCUUAAAUAAUUAAAAAAUCAAAAAUUCCCUAUGAGAGAAAGUGCAUGGACUUUGGGGAAGGAUCUGAAGUUUAGCCAGGUUGGGACAAUUGGGACUGAAUCGUUUAACUUAACCCUGCUAUUUUCCUCUCCUGUGUUUAGAAAAGGGGUACAGGGCCUGGUUUCUGUCCUUAAGAGGUUUAUAGUCUAGCUACAACUUCACCUGGGGGCAGAGUUUCUCAACCUUGGCACUAUUGACAAUUUGGGCAGGAUAGUUCUUACAGUGGGGGCUAUCCCGUGUGUUGUAGCAUUGGCAGUGCUGUUGUCUCUACCCGGUAGAUGCCAGUUGUACCCCCCCACCCCGCAUUGUAACAGCCAAAAGCGUUUCCAGACAUGGCCAACUCUCUGCACAGGAGGAGGGGCAAGGUUUCCCCUGACUGAGAACCACUGCCGCAGGGUUUCUGCAGAACUCACCGUUUUCACUCAUGUCAUAGCAGUCUAGACUGCUAUGCCCUGCUCUUCAUUCUUACGUGGCAUGAACAUUUCAGUGUGAUAAUGGUUACCCCCUGAAAUAACAAGGUAGAGGUUACCGAGGCAGAAAAGACCAACCCAAGAGAAACCUUGUUCCCCAUCUUCCUUUAGAAUUCAAGUAUAGAUUCUUUUUAUAUGAUUGGGUAAGACCAAGAGACGUGGCAUGAGAGAGAACUAUGCACCCUUAGAAGUGUACACAUCCCUUAUCAGGGCUGCAGGUGCCUCUGAAGUAGCACCUCAUCAGAAUCCUCCCUUCAUUCUUCUUCUCCCUUCCUUUUGUACGAGUUUUUCUCUUGUAUGUUACGUUUCUUGUCGCCUUUAGUUAAAACAUCCAUUCUUUAUGGAAAAGUAAAAGUCAUGCCAGGUACUUUUUUCCAUUCUUAAAAAGUGUCUCUUCCAUUGGCCAGGUGUGGUGGCUCAUGCCUAUAAUCCCAGCACUUUGGGGGGCCAAGGAGGGUGGAUCACCUGAGGUUGUGAGUUCGAGACCAGCUUGGCCAAUAUGGUGAAACCCUGUUUCUACUAAAAAAAAAAAAUUAGCCAGGAGUGGUGGUGCAUGCCUGUAGUCCCAUCUGCUGGGGAGGCCGAGGCAGGAGAAUCGCUUGAACCCGGAAGGUGGAGGUUGCCAUGAGCCAAGAUCAUGCCACUGCACUCCAGCCCGGGUGACAGAGUGAGACUCCAUCUCAAAAAUAAAAAAAAGUACCUCUUCCAAGUGGCAGAUGGAAUAUUUGAACUGAAGGAGAAAGCAAGUCUCGUUGUCCUCAAGGUGGGCCCCUGGGAGGGGACACGUCCUAGGGCCAGUUCAGAUUUCUGGGAAAGUCUGGUGCUCUUAGUGGGAAAGGGGAAAGACAGCAGAGGCAGCUGGACAUCACAGGGGCCCAGGCUUAGGGCUUUGGCCUGGUUCUUGGUUCCUUUAUUUCGCCUCCUCCUAGCCAGUGCCACCAACACUGGGUCCAGAUGGUGGGUAAUAAAGCAAGAGCCCAUCAGACUAAAAUGCCACACGUGUCCCACAUAUCAGGGCCACGGAGACGUGAGGGACAAAAGGAAUCCAAGAAGUUUCUAUAAUCACAUCAUUAGUGGGCUUGCUCUGAGCAACUGCACGUCACCCACAGAGCCAGCUGAGGCACACUCACACGAGAGUGCCAGGCGGCCAACUGCAACGGCAAAUCUAUAGACUCAUGCAAUUAGGAUCUGCUUAAGCCUAGACCUGGGCAGUUUCAUAAAACCUUAAGAAGAGAGAGCGCGAAAUAGUACUCGGCUAAGAUGGCUAAUUAUCUAAUUUUUUGAGGCUGGAAUGCAUGUGUUGUGGUUAUUGACCUUGUAUUUCUUAAAGUUUGUAUUUAUAAAUAAAAGCUAUUGGCUGAAAGAAUAGCAUCAAUUCUCCCAAAAGAUCCAAAUGAUUAGCGAGCCUGGCUAUCACCUUCAAUUGCUGGCCUGGGUCGGGGACUGAACAGUCAGGAGCUUUGGUCCAAGAUGCUAAGAAAUGAGGUGCUUGUCCCUUUAACACACCACAUGGUUCCUGAGCACAGCCUGGGUUACACGCUAUGGGAGCCAGAAAACCCCAUGGUGGGUGUCAUCUUGCUCCUAAACACAGCUGAUGGCACAGAAUGGAAAGACAGUGGGAAAAGGGGCCGGGCAGAAGGCUGGACCCACCCUUGGUGACAGGGUCCCAGCUGAUCCUUCCACGUCAUCUCCCCACAGCCCUAUCCCUGCCCUCUUGGCCCCAGCCCCCAAAACUGUAGGGCAGGUGCUUUCAAGUACACAUACUUGAUGUCUGAGAUGCCCCCUCCCUCCUCCGUCUGGAAAAUUCUUUCAAGACCCAGUUCUCAUCAGGUCCUUCUGGAAGUCCUCUCUAUUCCCCUUAAUCUCACUCAGCGCAGCCAGAACCACUUCUCCGGCUCUGUUAUGUUACUAGACACACCAUAGAGUCAUUAUUACCAUACAACAAAGGCAACCAGAAAAAGAACAAUAUGCAUAUAUGAUACACACACUGCAAAUUCGUUCAGGCCGGGGAUGACUGACGUCUGACACAUUUUUAUGCUGGGCAUUCUGCCUGCUGCUCAGUAUAAGCUUGUGGAAAGAACGUCCCUGACCCACCUCCCAUUCCGUCCCCUUCCCAGUGUCUUCUCUGCAGCAUGAUUUACACAGAAGCCUAAACAGUUGUCACCUUUAGUCUUAUUGUCUUAUUUUUCUUUGCUCUCCCUGUGCUAACAGUGUUAAAAAUCAACCCAUUUGUUUAGGAAAAGUUAAAGAUCAGAACUUAGCUGUCAGUUUGGAAGGCCUGGGAGGAAGUUGCCUAGAGAUGCUGCUGUGCCUGCCUUCUGUGGCUCUGGCUUGAGAGGGACUAAAAGCCCCCGUCCCACCACCCAUUCCUUCAGCAGGCACAGUGAAGGCAGCUUAGAGUGCCAAGCACCCAGUGCCACCGUUGUAACUGCCCCCAAGGCUCUGGGAUUGAGCCCUCUGGAGCAACGUGGCUGUCUGCAGGGCCUGCAUUCCUGCAGUCUAUAGGCAAAGCCCUCAGUCUCAUCAUGGUUGUAUAAAACCAGUUCUCCUGGCCGGGCGCGGUGGCUGAAGCCUGUAAUCCCAGCACUUUGGGAGGCCGAGGCGGGUGGAUCACAAGGUCAAGAGAUCGAGACCAUCCUGGUCAACAUGGUGAAACCCCGUCUCUACUAAAAAAUAUACAACAAAAAAUUAGCUGGGCAUGGUGGUGUGUGCCUGUAAUCCCAGCUACUCGGGAGGCUGAGGCAGGAGAAUUGCCUGAACCCAGGAGGCUGAGGUUGCGGUGAGCCAAGAUCACGCCAUUGCACUCCAGCCUGGGUAACAAGAGCGAAACUCCGUCUCAAAAAAAAAAAAACAAACCAGUUCUCGCAUAUAAUCUGGUGAUACGUUGUUGGCAGAUUUCUUGAUAGAAAUUGUGUCUUUUUUGGGUUGCGUAAUGUUCAUAAGGAGAAAUCCCUAGUUAAAUAUGUCCUCUAAAGAUGUCUGUGCUGCGUGGUGAGGGCUUCUUCCUCGCUUGUCUUAGCAAAGCAUCAUGAGACAUCAAUGGCAUUGCCGUUUGACUCCGUGAUUUUUUUAAGUGUAAUCACGGGAGUUUUUAACCUUCCUAACACAGAUUUUGUGUAUUUAAACUAUCAAACCCCUGGUAAAUCUAAACUCUCCUGACCUCUUUUAUAAGGCUGGAGACAGCUAAGGCUAUGUCGUAUGUUAUCACUACGUAACAUGCCAUCCGUGUCAAUAGUCCAUACUUGACAAUAAUGCUUGAAAAGGAUGAUAGUCCACCGUCAAACAGAAUUGUAAAUAGAGUGAGAAAAUGCCAGACUGUUGUUUCAGGAACCUGGAGAUGCGAAAGUGAGGUGCUUCUUCCUCCCGCUGGCCUUUGCUGUGUUUACGCUUGAGGCUUCAGAAGACCUCAAAAGCCCUUAACCAGCAUCCCUCAGUCCAGCAAGAUGCCAGUGGAAGACACGGCUCCCGGGCCCACCAAAACAGGUAGCAAGGCCCCGUGGCAAGCCGCUCGCCGACCUUCUCCCUGUGUCUGUACCUUCCUGGGCGAGGCGUGUGCCCCUCGAGUGCUUGUGUCUCCGUGUGGUCUCCUUGUGUGUGUCACGCUGCCAUCUCUGCUCACCUGACUCACACCUGAGCCCUUUGUGAACAGGCAGCUCUCCCACGUCCACGUGGUGCCCACCCUCUUACCAGUCAGCCCAGGAGCUCCUCUGUUGGGUCCUCACCUCUCUGGAAUGCCUCUCAUGGGCCACCUCUGUGACCCAGCCUGUCUCCAUUUCUCUUGUCUGUCCCAUUGUUCUUCCGUGGGAACUGCCUGCCUUCUUUCCUACUCAGAAAAAAACCAUUUCUUUCUUUAACCUGAAAGUGAAUUUCUCUGGUUCGGCCCGUCCCUGCACCAUCUUUGAUGCCCGUUCUCUACAGCAUCCUAGAGGCUGGGCUCUCACCCACCUGAGGCUCUGCUGGGAAACAGGCUUUGGCUUCUCUCUCAGCCUCUAGUUCUCUGGUUGCCCUGACAGUUCUCCCUGUACCCUGAGAGUCUCGCUGACUUUCUCUCUCCCAUCAGAUAUCAGAUGCUUUGGCAUCUGCCUCCAGUGGGACUCAAGCGCAUUUCUGCAAAGAAGCCACACGUCCUUGAUGGCUGGUGCUGUCUCAGUUGGCAGGCACGGUAUUCCAACAACACCUUCCUGCCCUGGGCUUCCCGAGGUGGUGGGACUCUUAGGCGACACCCUUGCCAGCAUUCCUGUUCCUUAGCAGCUUAUGCUUGCUCAGUCAAGCUGCUUCGAUUUUACUGUAUCAGUCUUGGCUGAAAAGCAUCUGUCCCAGUCUCGGGGGCUCUUCCUUGUCUUCAUGGCUGUUUGGUCUCAUUUAAUUGUUUCCAAGGAGAGUUCAUUUCGGCCUUGACAAGUGGUCAUCGAGGAGCAAAGAGCCGGGGUUAGAGCCCUGGGUUAAACUAUGCUGCUGCUUACAGAGCCUUUUAACAGGAGGUCUGCGUCAUAACAAGAGCAAGCCAGACUCUCUCCAGAGAAGCUACCAGGUAGGGCACGUGCCCUGAGAAAACCCCACCCUGGGGGCCUUGCUGUCCAUAUAUAGACUUUGCUCAGCUCCCCAAGACCAGGCAUGAAGGGCACCUCUGCCAGCCACAGACUGAGCUGGCUGCUCAGUGGUCUGGGGCCUAUGUGGCUCCUCAGGAUGUUUGAGGUGACUGUGAAAGAGACAACCUUAGAAACUGUACAGCCUGGAUGGCUUAGCCAGGCGGUGAGGCUUCCUGGUAAUAAUCUUCAGGUGGCGAGAAUGGUUUGGCACCACAAGCAUCUGGAGCCUCAGGAACAAAGAGCGAGAGCACAUUUCGUCAAAGGGUUUGGAAGAAAAACCAUGGCUAGGUUUAUUAUGUUUGUGUUUUUAAGAUGCCAAGGACCAUGGUCUCUGGUUACAUUUAAAAAAGAAACGACCAACCCUAAUGCCAGAUUACAGUGUGCAGAGGCCACAGGCCCUGCAGGAAACAGAGCCUGCACUGUGCAAACACUAGAAGCUCCCCCCAGGUGGGGACUCAUGAUCUGAGCACCUUCCCAAGCCACAGGCUGGUCCUUGUGUUCAGGUUACACAAAGAGGCUGGGCCAGGGAGUCAGGCCAAUGGAGCCACUCUCUGCCACUUGGGAGGUCAUGAGCUGCUAGUGGUGGCCAGCAGAGCAGGGAGAAUAGGCCUCCUGUCCUUGGGGACAGCUCUUCUCACUGCCUGCUUUGCUAACCGUCACCGCAGGCCGGUGCCACCUGGGAAGCCAGAUCAGGAACCCCCAGGGCCCAGGCUUGGAUCAGGGAGGCUUUGCAGGUUCAAUACGAGAUUGCAGAAAAAGGCAAUAGGAAAAGCACACAGCUGAUAGCUCCUGGGGAACCAGCCAGACUCAAGCCAUUGGACAGGAGUAGGAUGAGGGUGAGCAGAACCUCACCCUGCAGCCUCAGAUCUCGUUCCCCAGGGUGUCAGGAGCCCCAAGGGAGAGUCAUUGGCUCCCUGCUGGCAUCUUAUACUUGACCGGGGCUCUCCGAGGGCCUCAGCCACCCCUGUGGGCUCUAUGGGCACACGAUCUUCUGUGUCAGGCCGGGUGGCCACCAUCUGUAUAACUAUGGUUCCCAAUGUGAGUUGGAACAAAUACCCCUUCUUCCUCCAACACAGACACACACAUGCUAGAAGUUUAUUAGAAAACCACCAGACAGAGGGUAUGUGUAAAUCUCCACUUUCUUUAGACAGAGGACCCGAUUAGGAGAAUGGGGAAUGGUUGCGGGAAAAAACAGGAAAAAACAACCUUGGAAAAAACAGGCUAGGGUUUCCAGGGGAGACUUCAUGACUUGCUCCUCUGCUCACUCAAGACGAUGCAUUCACAUGUGAUUCUCCCCCAGGAGGUGCCUAGCAGGCCGACUGAGACUUUGCCUUAGGUAGCUGGGCACAGUUUCAGCCCCACUGAGGACUUCUCAUUCACCUUAUUUAUUCCCAACAGUAAUUUGCUGGUUGAAGCCAUAAUCUUCUGGUUCCAAAGAGCAGAGCAGUGAGGCUGGUGUAUGGUGAAGGAGUUUAUCCAGGAGGGACAAAGCAAAAAUAGAACCAAACCAUGAGGACAAGCUGGAUGGGUUGGGGGAGAAGUCUGCUGGUGGGUCCCUUGCUUUGGAAGAGAGACAGGUACCGUGGACAGCAGCCUGCCCAAGCAGACUCUGAUCCAUACCCUUCACUUUUCCUCUGUGACCACAUUGUAAUAAAAACUGAAGUCUUAGCUGGGCGUGGUGGCUCACACCUGUAAUCCCUGUACUUCAAGAGGCUGAGGUAGGUGGAUCACUUGAGGUCAAGAGUUCGAGGCCAGCCUGGCCAACAUGGCAAAACCCCAUCUCUACUAAAAGUACAAAAAUUAGCCAAGUACAAAAAAAACGCCUGCAAUCCCAGCCACUAGGAAGCUGAGGCAAGAGAAUUGCCUGAGCCCAGGAGGUGGAGGUUGCAGUCAGUCAACACUAUACUCCAGCUUGUGUGAUAGAGCAAGACUCUGUCUCCAAUAAAACAAACAAAAAAAUCCUGAAGUCUUGCCCUAGCAUCGGAAGGAGGGAUUGCAGUAUGAAUUCCCUAGAUGGGCAAUUUCCUCUACUCCCUCAGGCAGUCCUUGAGCCGAGGGUGAACACCCCUAGAGGUCUGUCUGCCUAAGACCCGUACUGCCAACCAGACAAAAGGUAGAGCGUCUCUCCACAUGAUGCUCAAAUCCAGCAUGGUUUGACUCUAGAGUAACCUCCAGUCUUUUCCUCUCCC